ACAGGGAGCACAACAUCGCCCUUUCCCCCUUUUUGGAAAGCGGGACGAUUUACCAUCUUUUAAGUCCACUCUAAUGGGAUUCUGGAGUCGCAAUGAUUGGACUUCUGUUCCUGCUUCUGAGCGAAAUUGAUCCCACAGCAGGAGUGACUCACUCUCUGAAGUAUUUCUACACUGGAUCAUCUGGAAUCCCAAACUUCCCAGAGUUUGUGGUUGUUGGAUUAGUUGAUGAUGUUCAGAUAGUUCGCUAUGACAGCAACACCAAGAAGGCAGAACCUAAACAGGACUGGAUGAGCAGAGUCACAGAAGAUGAUCCAACGUACUGGGAGAGUGAGACUGGUGCCUGUAAACUUAAACAGCUGAGCUUCAUAGCCAACAUUGAAAUUGCAAAGCAGCGCUUCAACCAAAGUGGAGGUGUUCAUGUUCUCCAGAACAUGGUUGGAUGUGAGUGGAACGAUGAGACUGGAGAGGUUAAAGGUUAUUAUCAGGAUGGUUACGAUGGAGAAGACUUAAUAGCUCUGGACCAGAAGAUGGAGUCAUGGAUCGCUCCAACACCGGAGUCUGUCAUCACCAGACACAAGUGGGAUCAUGACAGAUAUUUGAUGCAAAUGCAGAGGCACUACUUGACCCAGAUUUGUCCUGAUUGGGCGAAGAAGUAUGUGAACUAUGGGAGGAGCUCUCUGAUGAGAACAGAGCGUCCUUCAGUGUCUCUCCUCCAGAAAACAUCCUCCUCUCCAGUCAGCUGCCACGCUACAGGUUUCUACCCCAACAGAGCCGAGAUGUUCUGGAGGAAGGAUGGAGAGGAGAUCCAUGAAGGUGUGGACAAAGGAGAGAUCCUCCCCAACCACGACGGGACCUUCCAGAUGACUGUUCACCUCAGACUUUCAUCAGACUCAUCUGAGGACUGGACCAAGUACGAAUGUGUGUUUCAGCUGUCUGGAGACAACGACAUCGUCACUGAACUGGACCGAGGACGGAUCCUGUCUAAUGAAGCGAAACCAAAUGACAAGAGUCUCCCCGUCGUUACUCUGGUUGCUCUCGCUGUCUUCAUCAUCGCUGUGGUUGUCGGAGUCGUAGUCCAAAUCAUUCGUUACAAAAAGAUGUUUCAUCCUUAUGAAAUAAACAACAAACGUCCUCCAUCUGUUGACAGCCAAGACAGCAACGAGAAGAUGCUUCCUAUAAACUAAAUAACGAAGAACCAUUUAUUUCAGAAACUCUACAUUUGUAUGAAUCAAAUAAUCUAAUGUUCACUUUCCAGUUGAAUACUUUUACAUUUGUUUAUUUGUUUAUUUAAAAAGGAUCCCCAUUAGUCUUCACCAUGGGAAGACUAUUCUUCCUGGGGUCCACACAUAGACAUACAAAAGAUAACAAUAAUAUAAUAACACAACUCAAAAAGGGUGAAAAACAUUCACUAGAAUUCCUGAAAAUAAUGAAUUUAAACAAAAAAUAAAAGAUUCAGUAACCAAGCAAAACUAUCCACAUCUUAAGUAACAAUAUUUGUUACUAUCACCAGAUCUGUAUCCACUUUGAACAAAAAUAGUUUGCAAGACUCUAUAAUUUAUAAUAUACCCAAACCUCUACUUAUAGUAGUAUAAAUAUACUAUAUAUCAUAAUAUACUCAUCCAUUAUAAUAUACUCAUACAACUAUAUAUACACACUCAUAACCUACAGUGAUUUACAAUAUAUUUACUAUUGAAUGUAUAAUAUACUAACAAUUUGCACAAUAAUCACAAUAUAAACCUAGGACCGAUCAAGACUUCCUUCUGAACUACAGCCUGCUUCAGUCUCCUUUUAAAACCUGACAUCUUGUUUAUUGCAACUAGACAUGGGGGGGAGAUGGUUCCAGUGUGCGACUGCUCUAUACAUUACUGUUUUUUUCAAUGCAUUGGUUCUGGGCCUAGGCAGAGGAAAGUAAUUACCUAGUGCCAUUCUGGUAUCCUAGAUGGGUCUAUUAUUUGUUGGUAGAAGUUGCAUAAACAAGAAUCCAGGUUUGCGUAAUAUACAGAUAUUCUUUAAAAACAGAAUCAGGCUGCAUGCUCGUCGAUCCUCCACCAUCAUCCAAGACAGCUCAGCAUGCUCUCAACACUGCUGAUAGAUAGAGCAGCGGAGAGCAAGGCGUGCCGUUCUGUUCUGAGUGAACUGGAGUUUUACAAGUUCUUGUUUGGAGGCACAGGACCAAACUGUUGAGCAAUAGUCAAGAUGAGACAAGACUAGAGCUUGAAUUAAUAAUUUGACAGUUGUUUCAUUCAGCAGAUAGGUGCUUCUUCUUCUAACAUUAGAGAUGUUUCUACUCAUUUUAGACACAAUAUUAUUAAUAUGAUUAGACCACGAUAAUGUUUCAUCUACAGUCACUCCCAACAGUUUGGCUUUUUUGACCUGUUCAAUGGCAACACCUUGCACAGAAAUACACAACCUAGGAUCAGACCUCAGGGCAUGUUCAGAACCAAUAACAAUACAUUUAGUUUUCAUGACAUUUAGUUUUAGUUUGUUCUCUUCUACCCAGUUAGAAACCAGCAUCAACUCUUGUUCUAGCGACUUGUUAACAGAUUUAAUAUUAUCUGCGGAGACAUACAUCGUGGUAUCAUCCGCGUAGAUCGCCAUACUCGCAUUUGUAAGUACAUAUGGCAUGUCGUUAACAAAGAUGGAAUAGAGUAGAGGUCCGAGGCAACUCCCUUGUGGAAUACCACUUUCCAGUGUUACAGUGUUCGAAAGAGAACCAUUAAACAUUACGCAUUGUUUUCUGUUUGACAAGUAACUUCUCAUAAAAUCAACAGCCGAAUCUUUAAACCUAUAAGCUAAUAAUUUCAUAGGUAAUAAACUCAUGAUCUAUAAUGUCAAAAGCUGCACUAAAGUCUAACAGUACAGCUCCUACUACUGAUUUCUCGUCAAUUCUCUUCAACCAGUCAUCAGUAAGAGAUGUUAGAGCUGUACAAGUGGAAAAUCCUGUUUUAUAAGCAUGUUGAAGAUCAGAGUUGAUGCUGUUUUCUUCAAAAUACUGCUGAAUCUGCUUAUAUAUUAAGCCUCAAAAAGUUUGCACAAGACAGGUAGAAUGCUGAUUGGCCUGCUGUUGGGUCCUGAAAACGGCUCUCUGCUGUUUUUAAGUAAUGGAGUUACCUUUGCUAUCUUCCAUAACUGAGGAAAAACACACGCAUGAAAACAUAAACUAAAUAUAUGAUAUAUGGGCUUAACCACACUUCCAACUCAUAACAUUAACUCAUACAUAACUACCAAUAAUCAUUCAGGUGAUAAUUUUCCUAAAAAAUCAGCUAGCUUGUUUGUUGGAGCUCCCUGAAUGUUUACUGGACGUCUGUGUUUUCAGUUUUGUCAUAUUUAAUUUUUUUCUCUAAGUUUCUCCAGGUUCACGUUUGUAUUGAAGAAGAAACUUCACUAUCACUAUGUUGUCUGAAAAUGUAAUGAAUUAAUUAGGUGUUCAUUUUUAUUCAUAAUCGGAUAGAAGUACCUGGAAUGUUGUAAGAAAUUAAGAAAGGGAAAGAAUACAUUCUUAUUCUUCUUUAAUUCAAAAAAGCAAAAAGAGAAACAAAUGAAAUAUCUAAGUUGUUAAUUUUUUACUUUUAGUAUCUCUGUGAAUAGAAGACAUUUCUCUAAGAUGCGGAAAUGUUGGUAAAAUAAAUAAGUCACUUUAUUUUCCUCCAGGGAGUGAUAAUAUGUUGUUUUAUGAAAUAAAACAUGUUGAAAUGUUUUUUUAAACCACAGACAAGUUACAACUGCAGAAAAAAUCUAAAUUUUAUUUAAAUUUAAGUUCUAUCUAAAUAUAAAUUCUAAAAGUUUUUAUGGUUUAUGAUGAAUCCACUGAGCUUACUGGUUUAACUUUUUUAUUCACUUUUUUUAAAUGUUAUUAUAGUGUUGGGGCUUUCAUGCAUAUAACUAAAUCGGUCAUAAAUAUUGAUAAUGUAAAGAUAGAUUUCCAUAUAUAUUUAAACAUGAGCGUUCAUUCAUUCAUUCAUUCAUUCAUUCAUUCAUUCAUUCAUUCAUUCAUUCAUUCAUUCAUUCAUUCAUUCAUUCAUUCAUUCAAUACUCGUGUCUGUUACCAGGAACGUGCAGAGACCUUUCGAGGGGCAGGUGCUGAAAUUUAAAAAGGGACAUAUGGAACACGACUUCAACACUUGGCGACAAUAACGUUUUUACAUUUGUUACUUUGUUACAUUACAAUACAAAACACUGUUGUGUUUUGUAUUGUAAUACCUUCUCUGAACUUCUUAAACCUUACCCACAACAAAUACCCCGUAUUAUAAUAACAAACUAAAACUAAUACUGAAACUACUGUAAUGGAAAAAUACAAAACUAUAAUAACUGUGGAUAUCCACUAAUCAAAACUAAAGUAAUGACAGAAAAAACAUUACAGAUCUGAACCAUAACAUACAUAUCAUACAUACAACAUAUAUAACUGGUACACAUGCUUCCUGCUGUAUUCUUUAUUAUCCAGCUGGUGAUGGAUCCACUGUCUUUAGCACCUCACUCCUCUCCUUUUCCCCCUCUCUCAACCUCCUCUCCUUACAAGGCAUGUCUGCACAAUUAAAAAUAUUGAUAAAUAAAAAAAAAAUCUGAUGCACAUGCAAGAUGCGUCCGUGCACGUAUGCACAUACAUACACGCAGCCAAGUGGGAGAUUGCAACUUCAUUUAAAUUACUUUAAAUAAAAUCACAUGAUCUCUAAAACGGUAGGCAAAAAGACCCACAGAGACGAGCAGCUGCAUUUAUAUACGUCUCUCUGUCAGCGAGCGGCUAAUGGCGACUAAUUACUAACAGCAAUAUACAGCACAUGUCGCACAGUUGCAAAGCAUUGUUGUAGUAGUAAGGCACUUGACUACCGUAUUUUUCAGCACCAUAAGGCGCAUUUUAUUAUAACACGCACCUUCAAUAAAUGGCCUAUUUUCAAACUCUUUAUAUAUAAGGCGCACGGAAUAUACGGUAAGAUACUGUACUAUAGUGGCUGGGGUUGAAGUUACGCAUCUACCUGAUGCAGCUGCGAGCAGGAAAUGCUACAAAAUGCUACAGCAAAUGUAAAAAAAAACAAGAAUUACUAUACUGUAAGUCAAAACUUUAUUAACAAAAUAAAAGCCAUUUUCUGAAAACUUCGUUCACUUUCCAAAAAAACGCAGAGGGGAACUUUUGCAGUUCAUUCCCCAUCCCCGAGACCCUCAAAAUCUUCUUGCUUGUCGGGACGGAACAGCUGGGCGAGUGCGGCAUCCAAUGGUCCUGGCUCCGUUUCGUCACAGUCGCCACUGUCUUCUUGAACGUCUGUGACGAUUCCUGCGUUUGUAAAAGCUCGGACCACAGUUGAGGCUGAUAUAUCAGCCCAGGCAUCCAGACGGUGGCGUAUGCGCGGCGCUGCCGUCCCGUCUUGGUGAACGUGUUCCCCUUCCGCCAUCCACCGCUCCCACGCAAUCCGCGUGGCUGAUAGCCUUGAGUCAUAGACAUAUAUAAAGGCUAGAUGACUCGUCCGCGCUGCUGCGACGUCGUCACACGGCGGCCAUCUUGCCACACGAGACUCGCUCACUCAUAACAUUGUGUUUAAUGGUGCCUGUACUGCAAAACAACCUUAACUUACUCAAUUCUCAACAGAUUUUCUAACAGUUUGGUUUG